AUGUCAGAAUUGGCAGGUGAGUUUAAAAACAGUUUUUUAAAAUUCCUAGAAACAAAUAGAUCUUUAGUUCUUUGUUAACACAAAUAAGUGAUGUUUAUAUGAAAUUACUAUGAUAUACCACCUGGUGUUCAUGUUUACAUUACUUAAAAGUCUUAAAAAGCAUAGGGUUAUACUGUUGAGUACGGCUAUUUUAUUUUAUUUGGUUGUUCAGAUAAUUUUGUGCUCCUUCUCAAAACAAAUGUUUUGGUUAGAGAGCACAGAAUUAUUUGAACAACCUAGUAGUUACUAUUACAUAGGACCAUUAUAGAUAGUAUGACGUAAUGCCAUUCCACACAGUAUGAUAUAAUACAGUUCGGGGUAGUGUAACAUACUGACUUUGUAGCUAGUAUAAGAAAGUGUAAUCCUAGGUAGUAUGAUACACUGCCAUUCUAGAUAGUAUAUAACUUAGUAAUAUCUUAGAUAGUAUGACAUAGUGCUAUUAUAUAAUAGAUAGUAUGACAUUAUUAUCUAAAACCUUAUUCAUUUCAGACCAAGCCCUAUUCAUCAUGUCAGAAAUCGGCAAUGUGAUCGUAUUCAUCGGCCGAAUAUUAGUUUUACUGACGAUUGGAAUAGUUAGAGCUUUAAUCCCAGCAGGUUUCCUACCACGAAAACCUGUGAACAACAGAAAUGUGUUAAUUACAGGCUCUGGCAGCGGAAUGGGAAGAGAAUUGGCCAUCAAGGUAAGCACUAGUCCUACUUAGCCUUAGCCUUAGCCUUAGCCUUAGCCUUAGCCUUAGCCUUAGCCUUAGCCUUAGCCUUAGCCUUAGCCUUAGCCUUAGCUUUAGCCUUAGCCUUAGCCUUAAUUUAAGCAUUUAUCCUUAGGGUUACUGUAACACUCAGUUCCUAAUCUUUUCGUAAACACUCGGCCUUGUCCAAUCUGACCGUAACACUCAGCUUUACCAUACCUAAAUGUUAUGGGGAGAGUUUAGACGUGCUCAAAAGUGCUUGCCAAGUUUAUUUCAAAACCAAAAAUAAAAAACGUCAUUUAUCCAGUCUGACCAAGUAUAACAUUGGUCUUCAAUCGAAGAUGGACUGACCAUUGGGGAUUUCCGUGCAAAUCUUUCUCGGAUUACAAUACUCUCCAGGCUGACAGUCUUUGUCAGUAAAACAACCUAUUAGCCACUCAACGGCUAAGGAAUUGAUAGCAAAAAAGGCGAAAAGCAUAGUAAUGGUCAACAGAAAGUUCAUAGUAAUCAAUACGAUAUAAUGUAUUAGAACUUUACAGUAUAAUUUGGCAAAAUUUUACAGCUUAAUGUAACGAAAUUUUACAGUAUUUAAUGUUAUAGCUGGCUAAAUGAUAUAAACAGCUGUUUAUAUACAAGAGCUUUCAGUUUAAAUUUAUGAAAAUUAACUUUUAAAUUGUUUUUGUAAUCGUUUUUCAAAAAUUAAUUAAAAAAUUCAAAAUGCUUUUAAACUUUAUGGCUUUUCAAAAAAUAAAAAAAAGUUUUAGAUUUUUAAUUUAAAUAGACCUGAGAUUAUUAAAAAAAACUACAUCAACUUUUAAUUAAAGUGAUCUUUUCUUCUGCUCAUUGUUACUCUAACUGUUCUACACAAACCAUUAAUAAAAUCUUCUGUAUCUUUAAAAUUGCCUUACUGUGUUCUUGCUAGCAGACUUAUCCCUGUAAUUAGAGCUGAUAAUUCAAAAUUUGUACAUAUGUACAGCGAAACUGCUGCAUAACAAAUAGCUCGAGGACUUGAAAUUUGUUCGUUAUAAAGGAGUUUCGUUAUACAGGAAUUGUAAAUGCACUGUGCAGUGGUAGACGGGGCUAAAGUUGUUUGUUAUACAGGAGUUUUGUCAUAGAGGGGUUCGCUGUACAGGAGUUCCAUUGUAUAUAGCUAACACUGUAAAACCAUAUACGAUUUCCACUUUUUAAACGUCAAAUCUUUCGUUUCGAAACCUAAGUUGAGCUUCUGAGGCCUUACAAUGUUAGUUCGAGCCUAGGCCUGCGGCUCUACAUGCGCCGCUUCAAAUUUGCUUUGGCCCGGCUUGACUUCGGACCUCGGGACAUAUUAGGCUAUUUUUUAGGUCUACCAUAGCCUAGCCUUACUUAAGCUUUACUUUUCGCCUAGCUUAGCAUUACCGUAAUCAUGCUCAAUACCUACUCUACUACUAUAAUACAUUACUUUAUCUCUACUUUUCUUUCAGUUCGGCCGCCUAGGAGCACGUAUAGUAUUAUGGGAUGUAAAUGCCGCGGGUAAUUCAGAGACUAAGCGGAUUCUUGAAAAUCAAGGAAUCACAGCCUUUGACUACACAGUAAACCUCUGUAAUGUAGAUGAAAUUAAUGAAACGGCCAAGAAAGUGCUGAGGGAUGUUGGCGACAUCUAUAUCGUGAUCAACUGUGCUGGUAUUGUCACUGGGAAGCGGUUUGUGGACUGUUCUGAUGAUGCUAUUAAGCGUACUAUGGAUGUUAACACUAAUGCUGUCAUGUUUGUGAGGAUUUUUGAAAUUUUUUAAUUUUUUUAAAUGUUUAAAAUUUUUUGAAAUUUCAAAAUUUUUUUUUAAAUUGUAAGUUUUUAGGUAACAAAAGCCUUCCUCCCAACAAUGCUAGAGCAAAACGAUGGCCACGUAGUCACUCUAGCCUCAAUCGCUGGUCAUGUUGGGGUAGUUGGCCUUGUCGAUUAUUGUGCCAGUAAGUUCGGUGCUGUAGGCUUCAUGGAUGCCUUGCACCGUGAGUUGUACACAUUGAGAUCCAAUGUGAAGACAACUACUAUUGGACCUUACUUUGUCGAUACUGGCAUGUUCAAUGGGGUCCGGGAGUCAAAGUAGGUUGUUUUAGAUGUAUAUGAUUUGGUAGGGAGGGUAGGGUAGGGUAGGGUAGGGUAGGGUAGGGUAGGAUAGGGUAGGGUAGGGUAGGGUAGGGUAGGGUAGGGUAGGGUAGGGUAUGGAAAACAAGCCCAAAUCUUAAAACUUUCAGAAUCCCCAGCCUCCUACCCAACCUACAAACCGAAUAUGUUGUGGAUCGUAUCGUCGAUGCUGUUCUAACUGACACACAUACCUUAUUACUCCCAAAAAUACUGUAUUUUGUCAAGGUUUUGAAUGCCAUCAUGCCACAAAGUGUCACCGACUAUGUUAAUGACGAACUUGAUGUGGACAAGUUCAUGGACACUUUUAAGGGUCGAAACUAA